GUUCUCAGUCACGUGGUCGCGGCGGUGCCGGGUGCCCGGGGCUCGCAGGUCGGCAACCUCUCGGUGCGAUGGCGAGUGAGUUGUGUGACGGUGGGUUGGACGAGCAGUUAAUCCCCAGACAAAUACCACCACGUCAGGCAUCCACAGUAGCUUCUUUUGCAUCCUCUGUGUUCAAUGUAACACAUGCAAUCAUGGGAAGUGGCAUCCUUGGUUUGGCUUUUGCAAUGGCUAACACGGGUAUUAUUGGUUUCAGUGUUCUCUUGCUGAUAGUUGCUUUCUUGGCUGCAUACUCAGUUCACCUACUGCUGGAGUUGUGUCAACAGACUGCACUAACAUCCUAUGAAGACCUUGGGUUUUGUGCCUUUAAGACAACUGGAAAGGUUAUGGUUGCCGUUGCAAUAUUGAUACAGAACAUUGGAGCAAUGUCAUCUUAUCUGUUCAUCAUAAAAUCUGAAUUGCCUGCUGCAAUUGCUGGUUUCCUACACAACAACCACAAUGGGACACCAUGGUAUCUUAAUGGACAAAUUCUCCUCGUCAUUAUUGUUAUCUGUGUCGUUCUCCCUCUUGCUCUUCUUCGUAAAAUAGAGUUUCUUGGUUACACAAGUGGCUUGUCCAUAUUGUUCAUGGUCUAUUUUACUACAGUGGUCAUAGUUAAAAAGUGGUUCAUUCCUUGCCCGUUGUUUAAUGACACUGUAGGUUGUGUUCAGAAUUUCAGUUCCGAUGAGUGUAAACCAAAGUUUUUUCAAGUCUCAUACAAGAGUGCUUAUGCAAUUCCAACCAUGGCAUUCUCAUUUCUGUGUCAUACAUCCGUGUUGCCCAUUUACUGUGAACUCCAAAGGCCUUCAAAAAGCAAGAUGCAAAAAGUAGUUAACAUAGGAAUAACUCUGAGUUUUUCAGUCUACAUGCUCUCAGCCUUGUUUGGUUAUCUGACCUUUUAUGGCAAAGUGGAGUCUCAGUUACUACACACCUACAGUCAGUAUCUGCCACAUGACACUCUCAUCAUGUCUGUAAGAUUAUGCCUGCUCUUCUCUGUGCUCCUGACAGUGCCUCUAAUCCAUUUUCCGGCAAGGAAAUCCUUAAUGUUGUUGUUGUUUUCAAACCGCUCCUUUUCAUGCAUCCAUCAUAUCGUUGUCACUCUUGCUAUUCAGAUAUUGAUUGUGCUGUUGGCGAUAUAUGUGCCAAACCUACAAAAUAUCUUUGGUGUGGUUGGUUCCACUACUUCAGCUGCGUUACUAUUUAUUUACCCUGGGCUCUUUUACUUAAAAAUAAGCAGAGAACCUUUAAAAUCCUUGAACAAGCUUGGGGCUCUGGGAUUAAUUAUUCUGGGCUUUUUGAUGGGUGUCGUUAGUUUAGUCCUUAUCAUUAUAAACUGGCUUCAUAGCACUGCAAGUUUAGUGUAAUCAGCAGAAGUUGUACGAACAUGGAAUCAUUGGUUGUGCAAUGAAGUCAUGAUCUCAGCAGCCAUGUACUAGUUCCAGAUCCAUUGACAUCACUCUUGCAGCAGGAAGAAAAGAUGGACACUGAAUCAGAAAUUCUGAAUUUCACAUUAGAAGCUUUACUGAUACUGAUGACCAGGAUCCAUAUUUGUGCAAGAGCAAAAGUAGUGAUCUCUUGCUUUUCUCUGUAUAUUUUGUUUUAGCAACUUUGUUCUCAUUUGGGGAGGGGGCAUUAUCAUCUAACUUAAAGCCAUAGUACCAUGGAGUGAUUUCUAACAGAAUGAAAAUCUUUAGUAUUACAACUGAGCAGAGCUUUUUGGAAGAUUUCUGUGAUGUGUGCAGUGUUUUGUAAUGUGCAUUUAGUUGCAUUGGACGUAUCAGGAAUUAUGGUAACGAGUUUAUUUCAGGGUGUAUUAUUUUCAAAUAAUUGCUGAGAGUUGUCUGUUUUAAAUACUUAACAUGUUAAUUAAUGUAACUUUCAUUGUACAUGGAUUAGAACCUUAUAACUUGAGUUCAUAGGAAGAAAUCAAGGAAAAUUAUUCGACACUGUGGGUCAAAUGUUGGCCUUAUCUAAUACAUUUUGAACUGUGUUGUUUAGCUGUUAUUAUGAUUCAAACUUCAACUGAUUUUUAGACUUUGAAUAGUAAACAUGGGUUAAACAAAAUUUUGUAUUGAACUCAUCAAAUUUGUCUAAAUAGAGAUAGUAAAAGUCAUGAAUAGUUGAACACCAAGAGAAAGGGUUAUUCUUCACAUUUAAUUUUUUUUUUCUCCCAAUAGCUUUAAAUAUUAUGCAGUGAUAUACAGAUCAUUUAAAGUGCUGGGUUCUUGUUUAAUUUGAUGAUAAUGUUACAUAAUUUGGAUUACUUGUAUAAUUUUGGUUGGCAUUUAAAAACUUAACACAAUCUGUGUGUAGAUUUUUACACUGGUGAAGGUAGGUAAUUAAUACUACAUGAUGUUUGUGUGUCUGGUUUCCUCAUAAUUAUCUUUGUUAAAAUGUUUUUGUAGUUAAUGUUUUGACAGUUAACACUCGGUCUUUUCGAAUGAUAGCUAUUGUUUACCACAUGGAUGCAGUUUAUGUAUUCCAAUAGAUCAAGUUAUGCAAGUUAAACCUUGCUGACAGAUAAGGUGCAUUAAUAUUUAUCUACCUCUGUCCACUGUUUGAGUAAUAUUUUACAAUUAGUAUUUUAUUUUGUACUUUGCCUAUUAAAUAUUUUAAGGCAAUAGUGUAGUUCACAAAUUCGAACGUGCAAAAUUAGUAAACCUCUGGGGGGCAGGGGGGAGACAAAACAAUGAAAUCUCUGGGAAUUGAAAUGCUGCUUUGCCUCCAUAUUUAAAAUGAUAUAAAAUCUGAAUUGCUUUUGAUCCUUAUGACCUUCAUACUUGUAGUCACAAAUGAUUGCUUUGAUGACAUUAUGAGUCCCCUUCUGUAGUAAAGUGCUCCAACAGAAUGAAAAUGCAUUUAUGAUACUGGAACUUCUUGGAAUCCUUUAUCUGAUCGGUGUCCAGUUUAUUAUAAGACAUUAAGAAAUUUGUACAGCUUAGCUCAUUCCAUUGAUAUACUAGCACUGAAGAAAAUUCCUCAUAUUCUCAAGCAAAUGAAUCGUGCUUAUUGUGAAAUUUUGCACUGAUGCAAUAUUUUCAAAUGUCUUAAUUUUUUAAAAAGUAAAGUGUUCAAAUAUUUGCUCUUUUAUUUCUCAUUGUAGUUACUGUAAUUAAAUGUGGUCCUGUAUAUUUUUGGAAUUGUUGACAAAAGGUAUUUUAUUGCUGUUGGCCUAUAUUUCCAGAAUAUGCAUGAGGAAUGUUAAAUUCUCUAAAAAUGUUUAUUCUGAAUUUAUCGGGAAGGUUGAGAUCUUUGAACAGUGAUCUUCUAAUUAAUGCACUAUAAAAAAAAUGCACAUAAAAUAGUUGUAUCCUAUCACCUCAGCCUGAACUUAAGAAUUCUGUUCAUGGCACUUUCACUAUUCUGUCAACAAAAUAUGCAGCCUGUCAGCUGUUCUUUGUAGAGCUGCAGCUUAGUUUUGUAAAAAGUAUUGUAUAACUUUUUGUGCUUUUUUUGAAAAAGGGACAUCUCCAAGUAUGUGAAAGUUUACAUUCCAGCUGUACGUUUUCCUGAAUAAAAGUGAUUUCUGCAAUGUAGUGGUUAAACAACUGGAUUAUUGUAACAUUAAAUUUGCCUGCAAUUC